UAUUAUAGCAUGAGAGAGAGACCAAUGGACCAUUGAUGAUUUUCCAUACUUUGUCAGAAAAAACCAUCAAGGUUAUUAUCAAAUAAUAAAAAUAAGAGCACGACUAUUAGGUUAUUACUUUCUCCAAAUUAACCAGAAAAAAAUGUUCAACUCAAGAGGGCUUCUUGCUCUGAACUUGUUCACCAUAGUCCUCCUCAUCAAUCUCCAUCUGGGUAUUCUUGUUUCGAGCUUCUCUAAUGACCCACUUACUCAACAGAAGCUUGAUAGAGUUGGAAAGCUCCCUGGUCAAACUUUCAACGUUGGGUUUGAACACUAUUCUGGUUAUGUCACAGUAAAUAAGGAGUCUGAGAGAGCUCUUUUUUAUUGGUUUAUUGAGGCUGUUGAGGAUCCUGAUUCUAAGCCCCUUGUUCUCUGGCUUAAUGGAGGUCCUGGUUGCUCAUCAAUUGCUUUUGGAGAGGCCGAGGAAAUUGGCCCAUUUCAUAUUAAACCAGAUUCCAAGACCCUUUACUUGAAUCCUUACUCUUGGAAUCAAGUUGCUAAUCUUCUGUUUAUCGAUUCGCCUGUUGGAGUUGGUUAUUCGUAUUCAAACACAUCCUCUGAUUUACUAUCAAAUGGAGACAAAAGAACUGCUGAGGACUCUCUGCAAUUUUUAUUGAAUUGGGUUGAACGUUUUCCUCAGUACAAAGGAAGGGACUUUUAUAUUUCAGGAGAGAGCUAUGCAGGACAUUAUGUUCCUCAGCUGAGCCAAGCAAUUGUAAAGCACAACUCUGCAUCAAAGGAAAAAGCAAUUAAUCUGAAGGGCUAUCUGGUGGGAAAUGCUUUAACCGACGAUCACCACGAUCACUUGGGGCUUUUCCAAUUCAUGUGGUCAGCUGGCUUGAUAUCUGAUGAGACAUACAAGUUACUAAACGAACUAUGUGUUUCUCAGCCUUUUAUACAUUCCUCAAGUUCAUGUGAUAAAGUUCUUGACAUCGCUUCUGAAGAACUUGGCGACAUUGAUCCAUAUAGCAUCUAUACCCCCGCUUGCCAUGCUAAUGGUAGCCAAACAAAUCAAUUGCGGAAAAGAAAGCAUAUUGUUGGUCACAUUAGUCAGAAGUAUGAUCCUUGCACGGAGAAGCAUUCGAUUGUCUACUUCAACUCACCCGAGGUUAAACAGGCACUUCAUGUAAAUGUAGAUUGUGCACCAUCAAUAUGGGAGACUUGCAGUGAGGUGGUAGGUGCCAACUGGAAGGAUUCUCCUAUAUCUGUGCUUGACGUUUACCAGGAGUUGAUAGAGUCGGGACUUCGCAUAUGGGUGCUCAGCGGAGAUACAGAUGCUGUCAUCCCAAUUACAUCUACUCGGUACAGUAUAGACGCUCUUAAGCUUCCAACUCGAGGCCCAUGGCACGCCUGGUAUGAUGAUGGAGAGGUUGGAGGAUGGACACAGGAGUAUGAUGGGCUUACUUUUGUGUCUGUGAGAGGAGCAGGCCAUGAAGUCCCUCUGCACAGACCAAAACAAGCUCUCACCAUUCUCAAAUCCUUCUUGGCCGGAUCAUCAAUGUCGUCGAGUCUCAAGCUUGUUAGUGACUCAUGAGGUUUCUUUAUGAAUUGUUGGUGGAAUCAAUAACUUUUUAGUAAUUCCACACCAUGCUAUUAUUACAGCUCCACAAAAGUGAUUUUUUAUACAAAAAAGAAAAAAAGAAGAAAAGAAAAAGCAGAAAUGAUUCAAAGCCAAGCCCCAAAAUGAUGAUCUUUUGAAUUUGUUAAUUGCUAUUUGUAUUUGGUGGAAUCAUACAUUGAAUAUAAUCAUUUUACCAAA